AUGCCUUCAAUAUUUGGACAGAUUUCUGCGAAAAGGGCUGGUUCCCAGACACUCGUUGAGAUUUCGAAGCGCAUAAACAUACCCCUCACAGCAACAAGUCCCCCAGGAUUAAUCGAAGCGAAUACAGUCGAUCCUUUUGAUAAGUCUGGUAAGUACGGGCUUGGAUGGACAUACUUCUGUUUGGUUCUGGUUGUGCUCGUAGGCGUUACAAGAUGUUACCAUCUCUGGACCGACAAACUGAGGCAGGCGAUGCACAAGCAUGAGGUGGAGCAACACAUGAUGACCUAUUCGCCCGACUCGGAUUAUGCCAUGGGAAAUAUUGUAACGGGAGGAACCGGGCAACAACUCUUCCCCCGGGAAAACGACGAGAAGUCUUUCGUUCUUACCAGAGGACAGUCGCACUGGUCCUCGUUUGGUUUUGUGAACGAUACGCUAGCUUUGUUCCGAUGGAUAUUUUACCGGCCAGUGCCUGAGAUAAAAUGGAAGAAGAGGAUGAUUCUCAGCUUCCCGUCUUUGGCAGUCAUUGCCAUCCUGGUUAUCGCAACGGCAUUCGUGACCCUCUAUUGCUUUCUACCUCAGCCGCUGUACUGGCAAAGCAUUCGAUACGGAUCUCCGCCACUGGCAGUCCGAGCCGGCAUGAUCGCAAUUGCAAUGACACCUUGGAUAGUCGCAACAAGCAUGAAAGCAAACCUCGUUACAUUUGUCACAGGAAUCAGCCAUGAGAGACUCGGCGUCUUUCAUCGAUGGGGCGGAUACCUCUGCCUGUUCUUGUCUUUGGUCCACACGAUUCCCUUCUACGUCCAGCCAGUCUGGGAGGAUGGCGGCAUGACCGUCUUCGCAAAGCUCUUCCCUCCCGGCAGCGGAAUCAUAUACGGCAGCGGAAUCGCAUGUCUUGUUCCGCUCGGAUGGCUAUGCACCGCAUCCUUACCAUUUAUCCGAUCCCUCGCUUACGAACUCUUCACUAUGCUACAUAUCCCAGCUGCAGCCAUUUACGUCGGUAUGCUCUUCUGGCAUUGCAGGAACUACCUUCUAUCACGGAACUAUCUGUAUGCGACCGUUUCCAUCUGGGCGUUUUCGUACUUUGUGCGACUGUUCAGCCUGAACUGGAUGAAGCCCUGGAGAAAUGCGUGGUUGAUCGGCGAUGAAGCUGCCGUUACUCUGAUGGCGGAGAAUGCCAUUAAGGUAACAAUACCGACCCAGAUGACCUGGAGGCCUGGCCAAUAUGUCUACCUCAGAAUGCCAGGAAUUUCGGUCUUCGAGAACCAUCCUUUCACGAUAUCGUCACUUUGCAGCGAAGACUUCCCAUCGGAGUACGGCGAUCUGUACAGAGACUGUACUCUGGUCUUCCGACCGUUUGGUGGGUUCACCAGAAGAGUGCUGGAAACUGCUAUCGAGAAAGGCCCAUUCAAGACGUAUCGUGCAUACUUGGAAGGGCCAUACGGUGGAAUGCAACGAGAACUGGCUGCUUUUGAUACAGUCAUUUUUUUUGCCGGAGGAAGCGGUAUCACAGCCAUUGUCUCACAACUGUUGAACCUCAUCAAGAGGAUGCGAGACGGCAAGGCUGUGACGAGAAAGAUUGAGGUUAUCUGGGCUCUGAAGAGACUUGAAUCCAUGGAUUGGUUCAAGGAAGAGCUCCGGAUUUGCAGAGAGUACGCUCCGCCGGACUCGGUGACCUGCCAGUUCUACGUGACAUCUGCAAAGAGGCAGCCGAGAAAUGGGGUGAGCGAGAGGGCACCGAGACCCAUUAGUACGGUCUUCCACGACAAGCUCGAUGGCUUCGUGGCUGGGAUUGCGCCGAAACGAAACUCGCAAUUUAUCCGGGAUGAAGCUCAAGGAGACGAGGAUCGUGAGAGAGAACUCAGACAGGAGGACGAAGACGCAAUCACUUCCCUCCCACACCCAAAACACUUACAGCACAAAGUGCUCCCACCUCUACUUCCACCAAGAGUAUUCUUCCCGCCACCGCCUCAACAGGCGUUUCGAGAAAACGCUACAGAGAAGCCCGAAGGCAAGGAAACAGAAAAAGCAAGCAUCGAAACCGAUAGCCACGAAGCAACCCGGAAAUUUCUCUCCCCCAACCUACGCCCAGGGGAGUCCCACUUGCCACCACCCUCUCCCCAGCACGACACACCACACUUCCAGUUCGCGCCUCCAUCUCCCGACCCCAACCGCCUGAGCAGCAUCAGCACAGGCUCCUACGCCCCGGCAAACUAUCCUCCGCCUCCUCCAGGACCGCCUCCCAACGUCCACAACAGAGCCGCGUCCAACACGCCCUCCGACUCCAACCCCAACUCGCGACCCCAAUCCUACAACAUGCCCUCCGAGCCCUUCCCACCCCCCCAAUCCGCAUUCGCCCCUCCUCCGCUAAGGUCCGAGCCAACACCGCCCGCAGCGGCACACACCCGACCCCACCCUAGCGAUCUCCACAUCCAGAUCCCAACCUCCCAUUCCCAGUGCCAGUCGCAGACCGCUUCCGCGAGCUUCGGCUUCCCGAGCACGCCGACCGAGUUCCAGAAGAACCUGAUGCGUUUCGCCUUCGUGGGCGCCAAGAAGAAGGAGGGCUGGUCGACGGAGUACGGUCGGCCGGAGCUGGGCUACAUGCUGAAGGAGAUGGCGACGGGGGGCGCGGAUGGGAAGGGCAUCUUCGGGCGCCGGACGUGCGUCUUUGUGUGCGGGCCGCCGAGCAUGCGGGUUGAUGUCGCGAAUACGGUGGCGCGGCUGCAGGCGGAUAUCUGGGGCGAUGAUAGCAAAGAUGAGAUUUUCUUGCAUACGGAGAAUUAUGCGAUCUGA